CGUUAGUCGAAAUAAAUAAGACACUCCCUUUUCUUAAAUCCUAAAAAUUUAUAUUGCUACUCAACGUAAAGUAAUGCCAUAUUUGUCUCUUAUCGUACCGCCAUAAUUGUCACUACGUAAUAUACUUAGUGCCUACAUUAAGUAUGUAUAUUUUCCGUUGACCUGAGGUUUUUAAGCGUGUAUUUCGUGCAACAUUACGGAUGGUAUGAUCUCAACCAAUUAUCAAAUUUAAAAGCUUCCUUUUCAUAAUUUCGAAGACUCCCUAACUUCGAAAUCAACAGGAAAUGUCAUUAUCAAGAUCAGUUCAUGUCAGCCAGCAAAAGCUGGCUGAAAAAUUAAUAUUAUUGAAUGAUCGCGGCAUUGGCAUGUUGACAAGAAUAUACAAUAUCAAGAAGGCAUGUGGCGAUGCUAAGUCCAAACCAGCUUUCUUAUCAGACAAGGCAUUGGAAUCCUCCAUAAAACAAAUUGUCCGUAAAUUCCCAAACAUUGAUUUUAAAGGACUUCAGGUUAUAACAAAUAUUCGUAAUGAAAUUAUAAAAUCUCUUUCAUUGUACUACUACACUUUUGUUGACCUCCUCGACUUCAAGGAUAAUGUUUGUGAAAUUCUGAAUGUUGUAGAUUCUUGUCAAGUAAACUUGGACUUGACAAUGAACUUUGAAUUGACAAAGAAUUACUUAGACUUAGUUACAACUUAUGUGUCUUUGAUGGUUCUUUUGUCUCGAGUAGAGGAUAGAAAAGCAGUCUUGGGUUUAUUCAAUGCGGCACAUGAAAUGGUUCAUAAUCAAAUAGAUCCUAAUUUCCCUCGGUUAGGACAGCUAAUUGUAGAUUAUGAUGCACCACUAAAAAAGCUAUCUGAAGAAUUUGCCUGUCAUCAAAAACCAUUAAUGUCUGCAUUGAAUUCACUGUUUCAUGUAUAUCCUGCAAGAAAUCUCACAGCAGAACACUGGAGAUCUGAGCAGAAGCUCAGUCUGGUAAGCAAUCCAGCUCAUCUUCUAAAACCAUCAGAAACAAAUACAAUGUCAUGUGAAUAUUUGUCAUUGGAGUCCCUGGAAAGAUGGAUUAUAUUUGGUUUCUCACUCUGUCACCAAAUGCUGCAGCAAGAACGGUGUAACAAAAUGUGGGUUAGUGCUUUAGAGUCUGGGUGGGUCUUAGCACUCUUUCGUGACGAGGUGAUCUAUAUUCAUAGUUACAUACAAGGCUAUUUUGAUGGAAUCAAGGGGUAUGGGAAGAAAGUGUCAGAGGUUAAAGAUUGUUAUCAUCAUGCUGUGCAGAAAGCAGGUUACAAACAUAGGGAGAGGAGAAAAUUUUUAAGGACAGCACUAAAAGAGUUGGGGCUCAUAUUGACUGACCAGCCUGGUUUAUUGGGACCUAAAGCUUUGUUGAUUUUUAUAGGACUUUGCUAUGCAAGAGAUGAAGUAUUUUGGCUAUUACGUCAUAAUGAUAAUCCUCCUCAAAAGGUUAAGGGCAAAUCAACAGAAGAUCUCGUUGAUAGGCAGCUACCAGAACUACUAUUCCACAUGGAGGAGUUGAGAGCUCUGAUGCGUAAGUACAGCCAAGUUAUGCAGAGGUACUAUGUGCAGUAUUUGUCAGGCUAUGAUGCUGUUGCCUUGAAUCUAAUGAUACAAAAUUUACAAGUCUGUCCUGAAGAUGAAAGUAUAAUACUGGCUUCUUUAUGUAACACUGCUGCCAGCUUAAGUGUUAAACAAGUUGAAGAUAAUGAAAUAUUUGACUUCAGAGCAUUUCGUUUAGAUUGGUUCCGUUUACAAACAUACACAUCAUCAGUAAAAAGUGGUUUCCAUCUUGGAGAACACAGAGAGUUAGCCCAAUUUAUUGACAAAAUGGUUUUCCAUACUAAGAUGGUGGACAAUUUAGAUGAAAUAAUGGUAGAGACCUCUGACUUGUCACUAUUUUGUUUUUACAAUAAAAUUUUUGAAAGUCAAUUUCAUAUGUGUCUUGAAUUCCCUGCACAGAAUCGUUACAUUAUAGCUUUUCCACUUAUAUGUAGCCAUUUCCAAAAUUGUACACAUGAAUUAUGUCCAGAAGAAAGACAUCACAUAAGAGAAAGAAGUCUCUCUGUUGUUAACAUAUUUUUAGAUGAAAUGGCUAAAGAAGCUAAAAAUAUUAUCACAACAAUUUGUGAUGAACAGUGUACAAUGAGUGAUAAACUCCUUCCAAAACAUUGUGCCCAAACAAUCGCAAAUAGGAAGAAAAAGGACAAGAAUAAAAAAAAUGUGAUUGAAAUUGUAAAACCAGGUGCUGAAAGUUAUAGAAGAACAAGAGAGGAACUAACCACCAUGGACAAACUGCAUAUGGCUUUGACUGAACUUUGUUAUGCCAUAAACUAUUGUGUUAAUGUCAAUGUAUGGGAAUACACAUUUGCACCUCGUGAAUAUUUAAACCAACACUUAGAGAAUAGAUUCUCUAAAGCAUUAGUUGGCAUGGUGAUGUUUAAUCAAGACACUAGUGAAAUAGCUAAGCCAUCAGAGCUGUUGGUUAGUGUUCGUGCAUACAUGAAUGUAUUGCAAACAGUUGAGAAUUAUGUACAUAUAGACAUAACAAGAGUAUUCAAUAAUUGCCUUCUGCAACAAACACAGAAUAUGGACAGUCAUGGUGAAAAAACUAUAGCAUCAUUAUAUACACAAUGGUAUUCAGAGAUUCUGCUGAGAAGAGUUAGUGCUGGAAGUAUUUGUUUUUCAAUGAACCAAAAGGCAUUUGUGAGUUUAUCAGCUGAAGGUGCAAUUCCAUUUAAUGCUGAAGAGUAUUCGGACAUCAAUGAACUGCGUGCUUUAGCUGAAUUGAUUGGGCCGUAUGGCAUGAAGCUAAUGAGCGAAACCCUAAUGUGGCAUAUUGCAAGUCAAGUUCAGGAGCUGAAGAAGUUGGUUGUUCAGAAUAAGGAAGUGCUUCAAAUGCUACGAACCAACUUUGACAAACCUGAAAUCAUGAGAGAACAAUUCAAAAGGUUACAACAUGUUGAUAAUGUAUUGCAAAGAAUGUCAAUAAUUGGUGUUAUUUUGAGUUUCCGUCAAAUCGCUCAAGAGUCACUAUUGGAUGUUUUGGAAAGACGUAUUCCAUUUUUAAUUAGUUCAAUUAAGGACUUCCAGCAGCAGUUGCCCAGUGGUGAUCCUAUGCGAGUUAUAUCCGAGAUGUGUUCAGCAGCUGGUCUGGCUUGUAAAGUAGACCCAACAUUAGCAACUACGUUACGCCAGCAUAAAGCAGAAUCAGAUGAAGAGGAGCACCUAAUUGUCUGUCUAUUAAUGGUUUUUAUAGCAGUAUCAUUACCAAGACUGGCGCGCAGUGAGAGUUCAUUUUAUAGAGCAUCUUUGGAAGGUCAUGCAAAUAACAUACAUUGCAUUGCUCCAGCCGUCAAUCAUAUAUUUGGUGCACUAUUCACUAUAUGCGCACAAGGUGACAUUGAGGAUCGUAUGAAGGAAUUUCUAGCAUUGGCGUCGUCUUCUUUAUUACGGCUAGGUCAAGAAACUGAUAAAGAAGCUAUAAAAAAUAGAGAAUCGGUUUAUCUGCUUCUAGAUAUGAUUGUUCAGGAAUCACCGUUUCUAACAAUGGAUCUACUAGAAUCAUGUUUUCCAUACGUACUGAUACGUAAUGCUUAUCAUGAAGUUUAUAAGCAAGAGCAAAUGUUAUUACAUUCAUAAUGAAUUCAUUUUUAUAAAAUGUAUUUUAUGAAAUAUAACAAUAAUAUAGUGAUAUAAUUUUAUUAGUAUAAGCUAAUGCUUCACUUUUAUAUGCAUCGUCGAGGACAUACAGAAUGAAGUAAUUCUCUUCUUUGUGAACAUCGGGGAUAUCUAUAGUGGAUUCUUAUUUCCAAUAUUACUAAAAUUAGCAUUUAGCUAGUGUAUAUUAUUGAGAUAUUAAUAUGAUUUUCUUCUAAAGCAAUUCCAGAACUUAGUAUUUCGAAGUAGGAAGAAUUGGUAAUUUGAAAACAUCGUUUAUUUU